CAAAUCUAUGGAAAACGAUAGAGGGAAGUUGAUUUACAUGGCUACGAUUGCUUACCUAGCUAAAAGAUAUGAUGAUAUGACGAAAUCGAUGAGAAAAGUAUGUGAAUAUGAAAUAGAGCUAACUGACGUAGAGAGAGAACUACUAGCAAUUGGCUACAAAAAUGUGACGACUAAGAGAGCAUCACUGAGAGCAUUAUCUUCCAUUGAAGAAAAGGAAGACUCCAAAGGAAACAAGCAAAACGUGAAAUUGAUUAAUAAAAAGCUAGACAUAGUUAAACAUGAGUUUUUCAGUGUUUGUAAUGACAUUUUGUCUCUCAUUGAUUCUCAUCUCAUUCCAUCAACUACCAAUGUCGAGUCAACCGUUUAUUACUACGCAAUGAAAGCAAAUUAUUUUCGAUAUAUGGCAGAGUUUGGUUCUGAUGCUGAACGUGAAGGAGCUGCAGAUAAUUCUCUCGAGGCGUAUAAGAUUGCAAUGGAAACGGCAGAGGGUGGUUUAUCGCCAACGAAUAUGGUUAGACUUGGCUUGGCUUUGAACUUCUCGAUUUUCAACUAUGGGAUCCUUAAAUCUACUGAAAGUGCGUGUAAAUUGGCUAAAAAGGCUUACGACGAAGCAAUCUCUGAACUUGACGGUGCUGACAAGCAGUCGUACAAAGAUACCAUGUUUAUCGUAGAGAUACUUCGAGACAAUAUUUCCGUGUGGACAGACGAGCUGAUUAUUGAUACCCCGCAAAACAAGAACUAGAUCAUGUUUUUGAGACGAUGAAGGGGUAAGCCCUUGGCCGUGGAACUUGGGUUUAGCGCAUAUAAAGCAAUUUAUUUAAGAAAAAAAAGUUCUGAUAAAGGAGAAAGUCUUUGACUCUUUGAUAAACAAUAUGACUAGUCAUUUUAAUAUCUCUUUAUUCGUCUUAAUUCAACCAUAUUG